GGGUUAAAGUGAACUGAGCCAGAUUCCUAGAGGGGACAGGAAAUGGGGGGCGGGGUCCUCCGAAGUCUCCCUUCCUGUAGCGGCGGGAGGAGAGAGGGAGCGCUUUUUGUCUCCGCCAAGGACUACGUCGGCGGCCCCUUCUGGGAUCUGGAUUUUUAGCGCCUCUAAUUAAGACAGACAGAAAUUGGCAGAAGACGGAGUUCCUUCGGAGCUCUUGGAGGCAUCCUGGGAGCAAGAUGGAGAAGGAAGACUCCACUGGCCCUGAAGUAGGAAGAGGCUCCCAUGCCAUCAAGACUGGGAGCAGUGGAGGAUUCUGGGAAAGAACCAUGCAGCAGGUCCUGGGAGAGGAGGACACCCACAGUUCAGAUGUGCCACACCAGCAGUUCAGGCAUUUCUGCUACCAGGAGGCCAAGGGCCCCCGAGAGGUUUGCAGCCGACUCCACCAUCUCUGCCGUCAGUGGCUGAACCCAGAAAGGCACACGAAAGCUCAGAUGCUGGACCUGGUGAUCCUGGAGCAGUUCCUGGCUGUCCUUCCACGGGAGAUGGAGAGCUGGGUGAGAGAAUGUGGAGCGGAGACCAGUUCCCAGGCGGUGGCCCUGGCCGAAGGUUUCCUCCUGAGCUGGGCAGAAGACGAGAAGCAGGCAGAGCAGCAGGGAAAGGAUCCGUUGGCAGAAAUGGGCACUGAUCUCCCCAAGGCAGAGGAGACUCCAUCAGAUCCCAGAGAGAGGCCACUGGGUGAUGAAAUGAGGCCAAGACCUCCUCAGCCAUCUCUCCUUUGUGGCGGAGGGAAAGUAGCUGCUGUGACACUGGAACAGGGACCCUUGUCCUUUGAGGACGUGGCUGUGUAUUUCACGGAGGAGGAGUGGGCGCGGCUGGAUCCUGACCAGAGGACUCUGCAUAACGAAGUCAUGGCGGAGAACUGUGGGAUCAUGGCCUCUCUUGAAGGCGAUAAACUGGAAACCAAGAAUGAGGGAGACUGUGACAGAAGUGACUCAGUAGAGAAACCAUGUAAAUAUUUGGAGUGUGGAAAUGGACUCAGUCAGAACCCCCAUCUCACUUCCCAUCAAAGAAUUCACAGCAUAAAGAAACAAUUUCAAUGCUUGGAAUGUGGAAAGAGCUUCACUCAGAGGUCCAGUCUCACUUCCCAUGAAAGAAUUCACAGAGGGGAUAAACCAUAUCACUGUUCACAAUGUGGAAAAUGCUUCAGUCAGAGAUCCAAUCUCACUUCCCAUCAAAGAAUUCACAGCAUAAAGAAACCAUAUCAGUGCUUGGAAUGUGGAAAGAGCUUCUGCCGGAAGAAAAGUUUCACUUCACAUCAAAGAAUUCACAGUGGGGAGAAAACUUAUCAAUGCUUAGAAUGUGGAAAGAGUUUUAAUACAAGGGCAAACUUCCACAGGCAUCAAAGUAUUCACCGUGGGGAGAAACCAUAUCAGUGCCAGGAGUGUGGGAAGUGCUUCCGUCUGAAUGAAGGUAUCGCUUCCCAUCAAAGAAUUCACCGUGGGGAGAAACCACAUCAGUGCCAGGAGUGUGGGAAGUGCUUCCGUCUGAAUGAAGGUAUCGCUUCCCAUCAAAGAAUUCACCGUGGGGAGAAACCACAUCAGUGCCAGGAGUGUGGGAAGUGCUUCAGUCGGAAUGAAAGUCUCACUUCCCAUCAAAGAAUUCACAGCAUAAAGAAACCAUAUCAGUGCUUGGAAUGUGGAAAGAGUUUUAAUACAAGGGCAAACUUCCACAGGCAUCAAAGUAUUCACCGUGGGGAGAAACCAUAUCAGUGCCAGGAGUGUGGGAAGUGCUUCCGUCUGAAUGAAGGUCUCGCUUCCCAUCAAAGAAUUCACCGUGGGGAGAAACCACAUCAGUGCCAGGAGUGUGGGAAGUGCUUCCGUCUGAAUGAAGGUCUCGCUUCCCAUCAAAGAAUCCAUACAGGGGAGAAACCAUAUCAAUGCUUGGAAUGUGGAAAGAGCUUUUGCCGGAAGAAAAGUUUCACUUCACAUCAAAGAAUUCAUACAGGGGAGAAACCAUAUCAGUGCUUGGAAUGUGGAAAGAGCUUCUGCCAGAAGGAAACUUUCACUUCACAUCAAAGAAUCCAUACAGGGGAGAAACCAUAUCAAUGCUUGGAAUGUGGAAAGAGCUUCUGCCGGAAGGAAACUUUCACUUCACAUCAAAGAAUUCAUACAGGGGAGAAACCAUAUCAAUGCUUGGAAUGUGGAAAGAGCUUCUGCCAGAAGGAAACUUUCACUUCACAUCAAAGAAUUCAUACAGGGGAGAAACCAUAUCAAUGCGUGGAAUGUGGAAAGAGCUUCUGCUGGAAGAAAAGUUUCACUUCACAUCAAAGAAUUCACAGUGGGGAGAAACCAUAUCAAUGCUUGGAAUGCGGAAAGAGCUUUAGCGGGAAGGCAAAUCUGACUUCACAUCAAAGAAUUCAUACAGGGGAGAAACCAUAUCAGUGCUUGGAAUGCGGAAAGAGCUUCUGCCAGAAGAAAAGUUUCACUUUACAUCAAAGAAUUCAUACAGGGGAGAAACCAUAUCAAUGCUUGGAAUGUGGAAAGAGCUUCUGCCGGAAGGAAACUUUCACUUCACAUCAAAGAAUUCACAGUGGGGAGAAACCAUAUCAAUGCUUGGAAUGCGGAAAGAGCUUCAGUGGGAAGGCAAAUCUGACUUCACAUCAAAGAAUUCAUACAGGGGAGAAACCAUAUCAAUGCUUGGAAUGUGGAAAGAAUUUUAAUACAAGCGCAAAUUUCUGUCGUCAUCAAAGAAUUCACGGGGAGAAACCAUAUCAAUGUUCGGAAUGUGGAAAGAGCUUCCAUCAGAGCUCCAAUCUCACUUCCCAUCAAAGAAUUCAUACAGGGGAAAAACCAUAUCAGUGCUUUGAAUGUGGAAAAUGCUUCAGUCAAAGCCACCAUCUCACUUCCCAUCAAAGAGCUCACAGCGGGGAGAAACCAUAUCAAUGCUGGGAAUGUGGAAAGAGGUUCACUCGGAGCUCCAAUCUUACUUCCCAUCAAAGAAUUCACAGUGGGGAGGAACCAUAUCAGUGCUUGGAAUGUGGAAACAGCUUUAAUUCCAAGAGAGGUCUCAGUUCCCAUCAAAGAAUUCACAGUGAGAAGAAAUCAUAUCAAUGUUUGGAAUGUGGAAAAAGCUUCAGCUGGAAAGAAAGUCUUACUUCACAUCAAAGAAUUCAUACAGGGGAGAAACCAUAUCAAUGCUUGGAAUGUGGAAAGAGUUUUAAUACAAGCACAAAUUUCCGUCGUCAUCAAAGAAUUCACAGUGGGGAGAAACCAUAUCAAUGUUUGGAAUGUGGAAAGAGCUUUAAUACAAGCACAAACUUCCACAGUCAUCAAAGUAUUCACCGUGGGGAGAAACCAUAUCAGUGCCAGGAGUGUGGGAAGUGCUUCAGUCGGAAUGAAAGUCUCACUUCCCAUCAAAGAACUCACAGUGGGGAGAAGCCAUAUCAAUGUUCGGAAUGUGGAAAGAGCUUCAGUCAGAGCUCCAAUCUCACUUCCCAUCAAAGAACUCACAGCAGGGAGAAACCAUAUGAAUGGUUGUUUAAGAUGGAAUUCAAUUUUAGGGGACUUUAAUUAAAAUGCAUGAGAGAAUUCCAGCAAUGGUCUUGUAAUUUGGCAACUGUGCAGCGAAGCUGACCUUGUUCCUCAAAGCUGUGGAGCACACACUCGACACUCUUGAUGACCAAAAUUUCCUUCCGCAGAUCUCCACAAUACAAGUCACUGCUCAGUGAAUAGUUUCUUCAGAUCCACUUCUGGGGAGGGGAUAGAGAGUGGUCUGGCAACAUAAGUUGACAAGCAACUCACGCACUUCAAUGCAAACAGCCUCCACAUCUCAGGUAUCAGUCAUGAACUUGUGGUGCUCCUGACUGUGAUUGUCAUCCCCAUCUUGUCUAGGCAUCAGCUUAAAUCUGUUCCUGGUAUGCUAAAUCCACACAAGAUAUCUGCCAGAAAAGACACAAGUUUCAGGUUUUUGUCUGCGAUAAUGAAAUUGGCUGCAAGAUUUCUGAAAAUGUUUAAUAAAACUAUUAAUGUUUUUUCUUCAAUUUAGCCUUUCAAAAUUGGGCGUACACAUUAUAUUCGGGCAGAUAUUGUUAUUAUCGUAAUGAUGAUAUUGUGUGUUGUAUUGGUAUUUUAAUUUUGAACAUUAGUCAGAGAGUAAUAUUGUAGUGAUCCAGAAAUGUUAUAAUAAAAACAAAGAAAUCCUCAAG